AUGGAGAAAUCAGCGGAAACCAUGGCGGACCCGGCGGCAGGAGAUGGAGGUCGUAAGGAUCACGCGGUGCUCCUUGCACUGAACACAGCCGGUAGUCAAUUGGCGAUCGCAGUGGGCGAAGACAUAUCAUUCUUCUAUUUUGGCUGCCCAAGUGCAUUCCGCUGCACACUGAACAUCCCAACAGCCGGAGAGCUAAAAUUUAUCAGCGUCGUUUUAGAGGGCGUCAUUCAUGAGUUGGGCUUUCAAGCAAUGAUCACACAGAAGUUCGAAACGAAAUAUGCCGUAGCAGAUGCAGCAGUUAUAAGCCAACACAGGGAUAUAUGUCUUUUGGUAUCGGAUACGAAGGCAGGACCAAUCCAGGUUAAUUUAGGUCAGCAAGGGGCACUGGAUAUUUUCGAUCUUGACGGUUAG